AUGGUGAGAGAGAGAAGGCACCAACAAGCACUGAAGCUAUCCUUACCGUUGCCAAAUCCGGCAACUGAUCAUCAGUUCUGGGGCGAGACCCAAUUGCUGCCAUUGUUGCCAUCUCCGGACAUCGAAAAAGUUUCCGACCUUGAGAAAAUGGCUAUUCUAGGACAAGGCAGCGGCAGCGCAGUCUAUAAAGUUGUUCACAAGAAAACCACCGCAAUUUACGCGUUAAAAGUCCUCUUGCUUGAUCGAGAUUCUGGGAGCAUUCGCAACCGGGCUGCACGCGAGGCCGGAAUCCUCAAAAGGGUUGACUCGGAAUAUAUUAUAGGGUGUCAUGCAAUUCUCGACGAUGGUUUUUCCGGUACGGAAGCGAAAAGCGGAGAAAAUUACCUUUGCUUUGUAAUGGAGUACAUGGAGAGAGGCUCGUUACAAGAGGUGCUGCGAGCGCGGCAGAGAUUGCCGGAGACGGUAAUCUCCGGCAUCGCCCGGCGGGUCCUGAAAGGGCUGCGCUAUCUGCACGGCAUGAAGAUAGUGCAUAGGGAUAUAAAACCAUCGAACCUGCUUGUAAAUGAUAAGGGGGAGGUGAAGAUUGCGGACUUUGGGGUCAGCCGUGUGGCGAUGGGGGCGGGGGCGGUGGCGGGAGCGGGGGCGUUCGAGGCACGUGACUCGGCAAUGGGCACGUGCGCAUACAUGAGCCCGGAAAGAUUUGAUCCGGAGACGUGGGGCGGCGGUGAUGGUGCCGCCGACGAGUUUGCCGGGGAUGUGUGGUCACUUGGGGUGGUGGUGUUGGAAUGUCAUGUUGGUCAUUUUCCGUUAAUUGGUGCAGGGCAAAUUCCGGACUGGGUGACAUUGAUGUGUGCGAUUUGCUUCGGAGAGAGGCUGGAGAUGCCAGAGACAGCCUCACCGGAGUUUCGGAGCUUUGUUCGGCGGUGUCUAGAGAGGGACUGGAGGAAGAGAGGCACCGUUGCUGAGCUUCUUGGCCAUUCUUUUUGUGAUUAA